GCCAUUGGCGUGACGUCAUUGUUGAUGCGGAACGGGAACUGACGAUCACACUUGAUGUGUUUGUAAAACUAAGAGCAUCAUACUUAGAGAUUUUGGAAGAUCUACAUCACACCCCAAUGGAGCUGCUGCUUGUAUGUACUUUGAUGUUAUCAUGUUUGAUAAUUCAAAGUCAUUCCAGUACACCUAUCAUUGCUAAUCUACCUCCUGAAGUUGCCGGAGUGGAGAAAGUUUAUUCUAAACCUGGUACCAUGGGUUUUCGUAUUCUACAUCGUGAAUCAGACAGCGCCCUCAUCGGAGGAAGAGAAAUGCUUCUCACAUUAAAUCAUAAUGAUCCAAACAGUCUUCAUAAAAGUGUUGAAGAAUUCAAAACUUGUGACAAUGGCGAUGCAUUUAUUCAGUGUCGAACUCGUACAACAUUUAAAAAGGAUAGAGACUGUUUUAACUUCAUAAGGAUAGCAGAGGUAAUCUCCAACAACAUGCUACUGGUGUGUGGAACGAACGCCCUCAAUCCAAGAUGUUAUAACUGUAAUCUCACAAGAAACAGUGCUGGUAUGCAAGAAGUGAGUUGUCCCGGUCCCAGAGGUGACGGGACAUGUCAAUUCAGUAGAUCACAACCCCUUGGGACAGUGGAUGGUACCAAUAUUGCACCAAAACACUGGGAACUUAAUGCUACUUCACAGUACUCAGAUGGUCAGUUAUUCCUAGGAGUUUCCCAAAGUCAUGGUAAAUCAGAGACUACCAUCUCUCGGGUUGAUGUGUAUCCAGAUAGUGGAUUCACCAACCGACUUGAUACUACAUCUUACUUCUCAAGAUCAGUCAAUGAGGCUGAUUUUGUUGGUAAGCCAUUGGUAAUUGGAGAUCGAGUAUACUACUUCUACCGAGAGCUGGCUGUUGAACAUGUUAAUCAAGGCAAACUAGUAUACAGCAGGGUGGCAAGAGUGUGUAAGGGAGAUAAUGGAAUCGACAACUUUUGGUCCAGUUUUCAGAAAGCAAGAUUAAGCUGUUCGAUUCCAGGGGAAUUUCCUUUAUAUUUCAAUGAUUUACAGGAUAUCUUUGUUGAAGAAAGGGGAUCAGAUCACUACAUUCAUGCAGCAUUUGCUGGUGUGCCUAAUGGCCCACAGAGCUCAGCAGUAUGUGUGUUUCUCCUGUCAGAAAUAAAUGAAAUCUUUGAUACAAGUAAUUUCAAAGGACCAGCCUCUUCAGAUAGUAUCUGGCUUUCUAGACCAAGCAGAGAAAUUCCUGUUCCAAGACCAGGUCUAGAUUGCAAUAAUCCAACUCAAGACAUUAGAUACAUCAGACAAUAUCCAUUGAUGCAGGAUGAUGCUUCUAGUAUCCCUUUAUUCAUAGUUGAUUACGCUCGGUUUACUUCCAUCGUUAUGGAUUCACUGCCUGCUGGAAACAUAUACUAUAUUGGAACAGAAUCUGGCUCUGUACUGAAAGCGUAUUAUAAUGGCACUGAAUUCAAAGUUUAUGAAGUAACUGUGACGGAUAACAAGCAACCUGUUGUGGGUCUACAGCUGGCUGGUGAUAGCACAAACCGUCACAUCAUAGUUGUAUCUGAUAAUGCAGUAUACAGGGUGCCAUUACAUAACUGUGCUACUAGCUGUGAAAGGAGAUGUUCUGAAUUGAUGUAUGGAUACUGUCAAUGGGAAGGGGGCUGCUGUAAAAGCUAUGGUGAAACGACAUGUAGCGAGAACCCGGUUGAUGUUUAUGUAACCAUAGAGCCAAGUCAGUCAAUGACAGUAUGUGAGAAUGAGAUAAUCCAGCUCGUCUGCCACGCCCAAACCGCACCAUUCUGUCAACCAAUUACUCUAGACUGGACCAUGGCCGGAGGUCAACCUAUCGAUAACAUGGGUCAUCUUAUUAGUUUAGAUCAGCUUUAUGACUACCCACUCCACAAGCUGAGUGCUCUGACCGUCCAGUCGGCUAUCACUGGGAAUACAACGACCAUGGAAUGCACAGCUCGGACCACUAUUGGUGGACAGGCUUAUAGCGUCACAAAGGCAACCACUAUUAACAUUCAGAAUUGCAUCACCCAAGGAUCACUAGAGAGAAGAUACAACCUUCAUCAACAACUGAAGCAAGAAAAUACUAUGAGCAAGAGUUGUGAUGCUGAGAUAUUUGACUGUGCUAACUGUGCCAGCUUCCCAUGAAUUGCCAUAGCAGUAUGAGAUAAAAGCCCUAGGAGUGGACUUCAAAAUGACUUGUAAAUGAACUAAAAAUGAUAACUGCAACAUCAUACCUUCUAUCUGUGAAUGAAAAUAUCUUCAGCUGUUCUGUGCAUUUAUUUAUUUGUAGUUUACGUUUAUGUAGAAUAGAGAAACUUUUAUACUGCAUUUAUCUUAGGUUAUAAAACAUUUGUUUAUGUUCCUGUUCAGACCAAAUGUAAAGAGUUAUCUGUAUUUUAAUUUGUUUUAUAUCAUUUGUUUUUAUAAAGAGAUCGAAAUACUCAAAAGUUAUGUUUAUUUGAUGAUGAGGAGAGGAGACUAGCACAUUUUAGAAAGGGUUGUUGAAUUGGAGGUGGACACCGUGCGGAGGAGGAGACAGCUUCCAUGGAGGAAGGAAGAUAAGGAGACUAAGAUGGUUUGGUUGAGGAUGAGAGAUGUAUUGCAUUAGGCAAAAUGGAGGGAUGUGUUAAGGGUGAUUGCUGCGAGUUUGACAUAAAUCUGGCCACCGCUAUUCACACCAUUUUAGUUUUUAUUUCUACAUUUACGCAAUUAUAGUUUAGUUCUUCUGGCAUUGCUUUUGCUUUGUUCCUUUACUAUGAUAACUAGGAAUUCAUUUCUUUUCAUCAUGACAUUUAUUUUUCUUGCCAUGUUUCUUGUCAUGUUUUUGACAGUAUUACCUACUUGUUAUUUAUUUCCUUCAAUAUUGUGUUGUUUAUCGCUCACCGUGACAACUUGAGAUAACUUUUUGCCAUAGUAACUCAACAACUCGUUGCACUCUUGCCGAGGAUGAUGAGUUCAAAUAUUGACAAAAAAUGCAUUUAUAUGUAUUAUCUAUCAGCUCAAACUUACAAGAAUUUAAUGUCUUUACAU